AUGCGGUUUGGCAUAUUUGUAUGCAAUUCGGACAACCAGUCCAAGAAAAACCCUUUAAAUAAAAACAUUAAAUUUCAUCGAUUUCCGGAAAACUUUGAUUUAUGCAAACAGUGGUUAAAUGCCAUAAAAAGAAUAGACAAUAUUAACGUUAAGACCACUUCUGUUUCCUCUAAACAUUUUCUGGACAGUGACUAUAAGUUUAAUUUAAAAGGACUGAAAGAAUCUAUUAUAAUAGAUAUAUGGAUAUAUCCAUAUUAUAACACUUUCUUUAAUAUUAAGUUUAAUAAAAACGCACUAUGUCCAGAUAUUUCUCUAUUUUCUUUGAUAAUAUUACUAUUAUUCGUGUAUUCGCACGGCAACUACUCUUUAAGUGACGUCAUGCGCGGCACGAACCAAAACUCGUCCACGGGAGCAUCAAGCCCUGAUUGCUAG